AGAGAGUCUUCGAUCGGAGUCCGUUUGAGGCGACAACCUUGAUUGUGGCGGUGGUGGGAGCAGCGUGAAAGCCACCGACUUACGCGACGCGGAGUGGUCGGUUUUCGGUUUCCUGUUGAGAAAACCGCUACUUGCUCUGGCGGUAUUGUGCCAUUUCGCUUUUGUUGGGAUUUGUCGCCCGGUGGGUCCCUUGUUUUAAUUUCUUCGAUGGAGAUAUCGGGUAGUAAAUAUUUUGAGGGCCUGUAUCUGGACUCGUUGCUUCUAUAAAUGCCGGCGAAGGGGAGCCUCUGUGGCUCUGUUUGUGGAUCAAUUGACAUAAUCCGGAGCUGGAUGUGACUUGAAUAAUAUUCCGGAUAUAAAAUUUAAGGAUUGGGGUUUUGAGGUUCCAAUGAAGGCAGCCUUGGGUUUUUGAAACCUAUCCUUCUAGUUUCGAAUUCAAAUGAAUUGAAGCGGCUAGAAGCAAUAAGUUGUCAAUCUGUUUGCAAUGUUGAGGAUAUUGGCACCUGGGCUUUUGAUUUCAUCUCUCCUUAUAACUGGAUCUGCGGCCAAUAGUGGCUUCCCGAGAUGUAAUUGUGACGAUGAAGGGAGCCUAUGGAGCAUUGAGAGCAUUCUGGAAUGUCAAAGAGUGAGUGAUCUCUUGAUUGCUGUGGCCUACUUUUCGAUUCCUCUUGAGCUGUUGUACUUUGUGAGCUGCUCGAAUGUUCCAUUCAAGUGGGUCCUGUUUGAGUUCAUUGCCUUCAUCGUCCUCUGUGGUUUGACUCAUCUGCUAAAUGGCUGGACCUACGUCGAACACCCAUUUCGGCUCAUGCUAGCCCUCACUGUAUUCAAGAUCUUAACUGCUCUGGUAUCGUGUGCCACUGCCAUUACACUUAUUACCCUUAUUCCUUUACUUCUCAAAGUCAAGGUUAGGGAAUUCAUGUUGAAGAAAAAAGCUUGGGAUCUUGGGCGUGAGGUUGGGAUGAUAAUGAAACAGAAAGAAGCUGGUUUACAUGUUUCUAUGCUUACACAAGAGAUCCGGAAGUCCCUUGAUAGGCAUACGAUUUUGUAUACGACAUUGGUUGAGCUAUCUAAGACUUUGGGCUUGCAAAAUUGUGCUGUUUGGAUGCCUAAUGAGACCAAUUCUCAGAUGAAUUUAACUCAUGAGCUGAAUAGGAGGAAUUUCUAUAGUUGUUCUUUACCAAUUACUGAUCCGGAUGUUGAGAGGAUUACAAAUAGCGACGGAGUAAAUAUCCUUGCACCCGUGUCGGCGCUAGCUGCUGCAAGUUGUGGAGAAUCUGGUGAGCCGGGUCCAGUCGCUGCAAUUAGGGUUCCAGUGCUUCAUGGUUCCAAUUUCAAAGGGGGAACUCCAGAGUUAGUCCAGACUUGUUAUGGCAUAUUGGUUUUAGUCCUUCCAAGCCAGCAGCAAAGAUCUUGGAGCAACCAGGAAGUAGAGAUAAUUAGAGUGGUUGCUGAUCAGGUGGCUGUGGCUCUCUCUCAUGCAGCAGUUCUUGAAGAGUCCCAGCUGAUGAGGGAAAAACUGGAGGAGCAGAAUCGAGCACUGCAGCAGGAAAAGAAAAAUGCUAUGAUGGCAAGCCAAGCUAGAAACUCAUUUCAGAAGGUUAUGAGUGAUGGCAUGAGGAGGCCAAUGCACUCAAUUUUGGGUUUGCUUUCAAUGAUGCAAGAUGGGAAUUUGAGUACCAAUCAACGACUUAUUGUUGAUGCAAUGCUGAAGACAAGCGAUGUUUUAUCUGCCUUGGUAAACGAUGUGAUGGAGAUUUCAACAAAAAAUAGUGGUAGGUUUCCAUUGGAGAUGAGAUCUUUCAGCUUGCACGCCAUGAUUAGAGAAGCAGCUUGCCUUUCCAAGUGCUUGUGUGUUUAUAGGGGAUUUGGUUUCUCGACUGAGGUUGACAAGACUUUACCUGAUCAUGUCAUGGGUGAUGAAAGAAGGGUUUUUCAAGUGAUCUUGCAUAUGGUUGGGAAUCUGUUGAACAGCAACAAUGGAAGAGGGUCUGUGAUACUUCGAGUUCUAUCAGUGGGUGGAAGUCAGGAAUGGAGUGAUCAAAGACGAGCAGGCUGGAAACGGAGCUCAUCUGAUGGGGAUAUAUAUGUUAGAUUUGAAAUCGGGGUACAGAAUAGUGGUUCUCAAUCGGAGGCUUCAAGUUCAGCAAUGCAGCUUGGUAGCAAAAGGUACGCAAGCGAGGGACAUGACGAGGGCCUGAGCUUCAGUAUUUGUAAAAAAAUUGUGCAGUUGAUGCAAGGUAACAUCUGGGUUGUCCCAAACCCUCACGGGGAUGCCCAAAGCAUGGCACUUGUCCUGCGGUUUCAACUCCGACCAUCCAUUGCAAUAGGUAUCUCAGAAUCUGGAGAAUCUUUGGAGCACCCAAACUCCACCUCCGUUUUUAGAGGCUUGCAGGUCCUUUUAGCUGAUGACGAUGACAUGAAUAGAGCUGUAACACGGAGGCUGCUUGAGAAACUUGGUUGCGCUGUGUAUGCUGUUUCGUCUGGUUUUGAGUGCCUUAGUGCUGUCAGCCCAUCGACUUCGUCGUUUCAGAUCAUUCUUCUGGAUCUUCAGAUGCCUGAGUUGGACGGAUACGAAAUGGCGAUGAGAAUUAGGAAGUUUCGAAGCCGUAGCUGGCCAUUGAUUGUGGCCUUGACGGUUAGUGCUGAUGAAGACGUGAGAGAGAGAUGCUUACAGAGUGGGAUUAGCGGAGUCAUUCGAAAACCGGUCCAGUUGCAAGGAAUUGCCAAUGAGCUUCGGAGAGUCUUGAUGCUUGCAAACAAAGUUGUGUGAUAUUAAAGAAGUUGAAGCGGCCUGGAUCAUUCAAAUCCAUCCUGGGUCUUUUGAUAGAAUAAGCAUACAGUAGCACUGUUUAGCACCUGAAAUGAAAUCCCCCAUGAACUUGCAGCUUAUAGAUGUUACAUACUCAGCAUUCAGAAACAAUGGUAUACAGUUGGCUUCUUCUUCUUGUUGCUCUUUGUCUUCUCAUUACAUAGAUUUUUUUUGCACAAUUAUAUGACCAAAGGUAAUUGAAGUUUUUCGACA